ACGGCUAGACUCUAUUGGUGCCCUUGAACGAUGUCGUCAAACCUGUCAAUAGGAGCGCUUAUUUGGAUUUCUGUGCGCCCACUUAUUUCUCGAUUAUGGCUGAGUGGAGCGUUUGGGUUUGCGAUCACCAAGGCGGACAUAUUCCCCUUAGCAGCUUCGAGGGGGACAGGACAGAUCGUCCUGAACGUCACCCUUCCUUGCCUUAUGUUCUCGAAAAUUGUGCCCGCGUUCACACCUCAAAAUAUCGACAAACUCGGCGUACUCGUCGCUGUUGCAUUCCUCUACGAAGCCAUAGGGCUCUUCCUCGCUUGGUCUACCAAGUGGUUCUUCUGGGUACCACACCGUUUCCGGUACGGUAUCCUAUGUGCUGGAACGAUCUCGAACUACAGUGAUAUUCCCACUGCUGUUAUUACGAGUAUUACGGCGAAUAUCCCGUUCAACCCGGCUACUGAUCAGACGAUCUCGGUUGCGUAUGUUGCUGGGUUUAUCUUGGUAUUUUUUAUAUCACUCUUCCCGAUGGGUGCACAUCGACUUGUUGCGAUGGACUAUGUAGGUCCGGAUGUCGACGACGAAGACUUGCGCGUAUCUAUGGCUGUUAAGACCAAGCAGAGUGUAGACAACACAGUUCGUCUCCUGCGCGCCAUACCGAUCCCACGAAAGCGGAAAGCGCAGAAUUCUCAAGACAAGGACAUUGAGAAACUUGCUGCUCAAGGUAACGAGAAUCGGGAGGUGACCGCAGAGCAUAUGCCACCGGACCUUGCAGAGAAGGCUGGGCGACAUGUUACGUUUAGUGGUGAUGAGUCGACUGCUGCGCCGACUGAGGCUGAAGCAUCUCGAGAGCCUUCACCAAGUGCUUCUCGCCCGAGCUCUCCGAAGCCUACCAUUCGUCAACCACCACCACUGAGCAAACGAGUGCUUGCUAUUGCACGCUCAGCCGGUCGUUCUCUCCUGCUCCCUUGCUCAGUGACAAUCGUCGUUAGCAUCGUCAUCGCGGUCGUAACGCCCCUCAAAGCACUCUUCACACCCAUCUCCAACUCACCCAUCCCAAAUGCGCCAGACGGUCAACCACCGCUCGCGUUCAUCCUCGACUGCGCAGAGUUCGUCGGCGCCGCGUCGGUUCCUCUUGGGUUGAUUUGUCUUGGAUCUGCCGUUGCGCGUGUACAACUUCCUAGACGUGGAGAGUGGGGAUUGUUACCGAUUGGAGCGAUCGUGUGGUUUGCUGUGACGAAGAUGCUCCUGUUACCCGUUCUUGGUGUACUUAUUAUUCAGGGGUUGGUACAGACUGGGUUCAUUGAUAAGGAUGAUAAGGUGUUGCGGUUUGUGUGCAUGUUCAUUUCGUGCGUACCAACUGCAACUUCACAAGUAUACCUUACGCAGGUAUAUUCUGGGACAGGAGAAGCGGGCGUACUACCGCUUUUCCUCGUCCCUCAAUAUGUUCUCAUGUUCAUCUCUAUGACUAUCCUCAUUGCAUAUUCGCUUUCGAUUCUAUUUUAACUGUUUUCUUUGCUCUGAUUGUUGUUUGGAAUCGGAAUCAGCAUUAAUGUCACUCAACAAGCAUCUCUUUCAUAAAAUACGCAUUCUGUUUGUUGCAUUCGCAAUUUGCAAUUUGUAUUUUAUAGCAUGAAUAUUAGACGUUUU